AUGUGUAACACAAAUAGCAUUAAAUCCGGUACAGCGAUAGUUGAAAAACAAACUAUAUAUAAUGGUGUUAUUAUUCCCCACGCUAUAGUCAACGUUCAAAACAACAUGUUUUCAAUUACUUGUAUAAAUACUAAUAAUUCCGAUAAAGUCAUUAGAACGCCAAACAUCGAAGUCAAACCCAUUAACAUCGAUGAGCUAACGGAAGAUAACAAUAGUCAACUAAUCAAUAGUUUUAACUCGAUAUCACAAACCGACAGACAAAAGAAAGUACUGUCUCUGGUUAGACGAAAUCAUUUAAACAAAGAAGAGUCAACAUCAUUAGAUAAAACCAUUUCCGAAUACAGUGAUAUAUUUUUCGUAGAAGGAGACCCAUUGUCGUUUAGUAAUCAUACAAAACAUCAAAUCCCUACUACCACUAAUGUACCCAUUCAUACUAAAACAUAUCGCUUUCCUCAAAUUCAUGAAAAUGAAGUAAAGACGCAGGUACAAAACAUGCUAAACCAAGACAUUAUUAGACCUUGCAAUUCCCCUUGGAGUAGCCCUAUUUGGGUAGUACCUAAGAAACCAGACGCUUCCGGAAAACAAAAAUGGCGUUUAGUCAUAGAUUAUCGCAAAUUAAAUGAAGUCACAGUAGGUGAUAGUUAUCCUCUUCCUAACAUUACUGAUAUAUUAGACAAAUUAGGACACUCCCAAUACUUCACCACGUUAGACCUUGCAUCAGGAUUCCAUCAGUUAGAAGUUGAUCCAAAUGACAUCUCUAAAACGGCAUUCAAUACCCCUUACGGCCAUUAUGAAUAUAAGCGAAUGCCUUUCGGGUUGAAAAACGCACCAGCCACGUUCCAACGCGUAAUGGACUCCGUCUUAUGUGGAUUGCAAGGAGAAAGAUGUUUCGUAUACCUCGAUGAUAUCGUGAUCUUUGCCUCUAGUCUCCAUGAACAUGAACAAAAACUUCAAGAAGUAUUCUCUCGACUUAGAAAAUACCAUCUUAAAGUACAACCUGACAAAUGCGAAUUCCUUAGACGUGAAGUUGCCUAUCUAGGCCAUAUCAUAUCCAACGAAGGUGUUAAACCAAAUCCAGAUAAAGUACGCGCUGUUCAAGAUUUUCCUAUUCCUAAGUCCUGCAAAGACAUUAAAGCAUUUCUAGGUCUCACAGGAUAUUACCGUCGAUUCAUAUCUAAUUUCAGUAAUCUAACAAAACCUCUGACAAGCCUAUUAAAAAAGGAAGUCUCUUUCGUGUGGGGUACGACCCAACAAAUUGCAUUUGAUGAAUGUAAACGUCUCCUUACUAAUCCUCCUAUAUUACAAUAUCCCGAUUUUGCUAAGGAAUUUAUUUUGACCACAGAUGCUUCAAUAAACGCAAUAGGUGCUGUACUAUCUCAGGGAGAGAUAGGUAAAGACUUACCUAUUGCAUACGCCUCGCGUACUCUCAAUAAAGCCGAAAGUAACUAUUCAACAAUCGAACAUGAUCUGACUAGAUUUGUUCAAGCCUACCCCAUAAUCGACAAGCAAGCAACAACAAUAGCUAAAACCUUAUUGACCUUCUGUCAGCACUACGGUAUACCGAAAAGAUUUCAUUCGGACCAAGGCACCGAGUUUGUUAACAGCGUCCUUAAACAAUUAAUGAAACUACUCGGAUCCAACCACACUGAAUUCAAAGAAAAUAACGACUACACAACUCAUGAUUAUUUGCGCGAUCUUAACGAACGACUCAAAGUGUCGCGGGACAUUGCUCGUCGUAACGUACAAAAUAUGAAAGAAAAAGCUAAAGAACGUUAUGACGUUAACAUAAAGAAUAUAGCCAAGUUCAAUGUAGGCGACAAAGUUAUGCUGAAGGUACCAAAUCCAAACAACUUAGACCUUAAAUGGGAGGGACCUUUUGUAGUUAUGGCAACCGCAGGAAUCGUUGCCAAUUUAACCGAGCCUCUACCGACUCACUCAGGAUUGUUUUAUAAAGAAGAAGGCUCCAUUUCUAUAUCCGACGACUCGUGGAAACUCAUAAUAUAUCGCGACCUCAAACCUCUAUUUAUAGCUCACGAAUCAUUACUUCGAUUAGCAAAUAGAUUCGAACAAUUGUAUUCAAAGUAUCCAUCCUUCCCCAAUGUUCUCUCUACCAAAUCAUAUUUAAAAAUUAGCCUCGAUAAAAUUGAUGAUAAACUUUCAGAAUUAAAUAUAUAUCUAGGUAAGAACUCUAGACAGAAAAGAGAACUACUAGACGGGUUCAGCUCAUUAUUAAAAUAUCUUAUCGGUACACCUGAUGCCAGAGAUGCAAAACGAUAUGAUGAAUGUAUUGAGAUGCUUGAAAAACGCGAACUCGAUCUUACCUCUCUGAUGCAGAAACAAACUCAAAUAACUUCUAGCACUAUAAGAAAUUUCAACGAGACUAUUUUUAAGAUUUCAUACGACGAACAAAUUAUUAAUGAAAAUUUCAAUAAACUGAACGAAUAUCUUAACGGUACCACAAAUACCAUUUUCGAUCUAAAAAUAACUGAAGGAAUAUCUUCAAUCUCAAUACAAAUUUUAGAAUCGGUUACUAAUCUAGAAAAUGAGAUCAAUGACUGUCUUUUAAGUAUCAUAUUUGCAAAAUCGAACAUUAUUCACCAUUCUAUAAUUUCUUUAAAUAAACUUUACCAGAUCCUCCUCACGUCUAACCAUAUAAGAUCUAAUAAACAAUUAGUCGUCCCUGUUACUAUUCAAAAUAUUAAUAAAAUCUUGGAUUCCUCUCAACUUUCCGCAUAUGUAUAUUCAAAUAGAUUAGUAUAUAUAUUAGACAUCCCACUUGUCAAACCUGAUUCCUUAAAAUUAUACCACAUAUUUUCUAUACCCAUCCAACAUCCCAACUCACCACUCUAUACAACUAUCCUACCAGAGCACAAGUAUUUAGCCACGAACCCUAGCGGUGAGCGCUACGUUUCUACAAGCUUACUGGACAACUGCAAGAUAUAUGAAGAAGGAAAAAGCGUCUGUCGCGACACCAUAGUCUACAACGCCGACACACGUCCAAUAUGCGAAGUUCAAGUUCUGUUCAGCACCUCUACUGAAAUUCCAAACACUUGCACAACCUCAACAUUUACUGCGCAAAUUAAUACGUUCCAACCCUUAAAGGACAACAUAUGGCUCUACAUACUUAGUAAUGCAACACAAUGCAUUCUCCAAUGCAAAAACAAAGUAUCUCAUUAUAACAUUCAAGGUUCAGGCAUCAUUUCUCUUAAGGAAAAUUGUAAACUUCACACAGGGUAUAGUACUCUAUCAGCACAUACACAGGAAAAAGAAAAUAUUACGUUCCCGGUUAUUCUUCCCGACAUCAGGACCGAAGAUUGUUUUGAAGAUACAAAGAACUUCAAGAUUCCCAACUUGUUGCCUAUUUCAAUAAAUGAAACCCCUUUGGACUCCCUUAAUAAUAUAAAACAUCAAUUGGACAACCAUAAUGAAGAAAUCCAAAAGAUUAAAAACACACCAUUCAUCCGUCGACAUCGAAAUAACCUUACAUGGUUUUAUUUUAUUUCUGGAAUUCUUAUGCUAUAAUUUAUACUCUACAAAGUUCUUAAAAGGUGUCCGCGGUCAAGAAAUCCAUUUAUUCGACGCAACAACGAAGAUAACCAUUGUAUCCAAAUAUUCAAUAACUGUUUUGGUACAUCGGAACGACGACAACGGCAAACUACACAUCUGCACUCCAUUCCAAUGAACGCAUUACCAAAUCAACAAUAUAAUACAACCACAGGCUGCAUAUCUGAAGACGAAGACUACGGUGGCACCACCCAAAGAUCAGGCGCUAACGCCCAAUCUUUAUUCUAA